UUUAUACGAUUGUUGGCAUCAAAUCGAGAAGCAAAGGAGACAAGAUUGCAAGUAUUUCAAGCGAAAACUAACCAAGCGAGAAUAAGCAGAAUCAUUAAGCGAAAUAUAUCCCACACGGAGGAAGCAAAUUAGGCGUGAAAAAUAAGUCCAAAAAUUACACGUUCCCCAAGGAUACGGAGAAGAGGGUCCAAAGAACUACCCCCGAUCCGACCGCUUACAGCGACCGUGUUGUGGCGCGCACGUAAAAGAAGCCGCGAACUAUUCGUUCCGUUUAUUCGGUCGCUGAGGAUUUUACAACAGGCUGCAGGCAGGAGGUGGAGUGAUAGUGCAUUUUCCCAGCUGGUUUGGAUUUUCCGUUUGAAAACGGUUCUUGGAAAAGAAGAUAUCAAAUAAUCCCCCUCAAUACACUAUCCGAGUUGUGCGGUUUAUUCACAAAAACAUUUAUAAAACGCGAUCGUGGAUGAAAGUGUGGAGCAGAACAAAAAUUAGUGGAAACCACAAAACUGAAUAUAAGCAAAACGAAGGCGGUACGGAAGCAGAGUUGCAGUGUGCUUUGAUAACGGCGAGAAUACAAGACUUUUAAUUUAUUUCUUUACGUGAGGAGAAGAAAGCGUAAGCAUUAGAUGCAUCUAAGUACUCCACUGGAGGCUGAACGUUAAUCAAGCGGUGGUUUCAGCAGCAGAAGUGAACAGUGCAAGCGAACAAUAUACUAAUAGCUAAAGAAAAUACGUACGUAACCGAUACGCGCCGCAGGCCGCAAGCAAAACACCCUUCCUCUUAAAGAUAACAGUUUCAUUAUCGCAAAGCCUGCGUUACACGCUCCUGUACGCUGGAAUCGGAGAGCAUAAAACAAAUGAUACUUCUGCUCAGAUAACGAAGCGCUAGAGUUUCAGUAUAUAAAAAAUAGUACGUCCGUACAGAUGCAAAAGUGCACACGGCAGGCGGUAAGCAGUUGAUGAACAAAGUCAGCGAAGGGAAAUACGUUGGCGAAUGGGAAAAAAGAAAUCCUACAGCACACAACAGUACACAGUGAUUCGAAAAUUGUGAAUAAUAGUUUAGUAGAGUUCUAUCUAGAAUACAAGCGAAAGUUGUGGUUGAAGUGAGUAAUUUUAAGUGCAACCACUCUGAUACUCAUCACUUAGCGUCAACGUGUGUCUCGGUGUUGCAAAAACCAAGGAGCGCGACGAAGGAGAGGGGUUUGGUUUUGAUUAUAUUUUUUAAAUUAAUCUAGUGACAGUACGUGUAGCCCCACCCCAAGUAAGGCCACGUGUAGCUACUGCCGUAACACACAGAGUCAGCAAAAAGCAACCACAGAAGUACUGUCCAGAGAAGUUACAUUAAUACGAAGCGACCUAGCACGCAUCCUUUCAUCAUCAUGAUGACGGAAACGUUGAAUUCGAAUAAUCAUCUCAGCCAGAAAGGCGAGAACAACAAAGUUGGUGACAUGGGAUGGAAGGCCAAACUUAAAAUACCGCCCAAAGAUACUAGAAUUAAGACUAGUGAUGUUACUGAUACCCGAGGAAACGAGUUCGAGGAGUUCUGUCUUAAACGGCCACUGCUGAUGGGCAUCUUCGAGAAGGGAUGGGAGAAGCCAUCCCCGAUCCAAGAGGCGGCCAUUCCGAUCGCACUCGUCGGCAAGGACAUACUGGCCCGCGCGAAGAACGGUACCGGCAAGACGGGCGCGUACAGCAUCCCUGUACUGGAGCAGGUCGACCCGACGCGGGACUACAUUCAGGCGCUCAUCAUUGUGCCGACACGAGAGCUGGCCUUGCAGACGUCACAGAUCUGCAUCGAGCUGGCGAAGCACAUGCACAUCCGCGUCAUGGUGACGACUGGCGGAACCAACUUGAAGGAUGACAUUAUGAGAAUCUACCAGAAAGUUCAAGUGAUCAUCGCCACGCCCGGUCGCAUCCUCGAUCUCAUGGACAAAGAGGUGGCCAACAUGUCGCAGUGUCGCAUGCUAGUAUUAGACGAAGCGGAUAAGCUGCUAUCGCAGGACUUUAAGGGCAUGCUGGAUCAUGUCAUAAUGAGAUUGCCAAAGGAGCGCCAGAUCCUCCUGUUCUCUGCGACAUUCCCCCUGAGCGUGAAGAACUUCAUGGAGAAGCAUCUGCGCGAUCCGUACGAGAUCAACCUGAUGGAGGAGCUGACGCUGAAGGGCGUCACGCAGUACUACGCGUUCGUGCAGGAGCGCCAGAAGGUGCACUGCCUCAACACGCUCUUCUCGAAGCUGCAGAUCAACCAGUCGAUCAUCUUCUGCAACUCGACGCAGCGUGUUGAGCUGCUGGCGAAAAAGAUUACUGAGCUGGGCUACUGCUGCUACUACAUUCACGCCCGCAUGCAGCAAGCCCACCGGAACCGCGUGUUCCACGACUUCCGAUCGGGUCUGUGCCGGAACCUGGUCUGCUCCGAUCUGUUCACUCGUGGUAUCGACGUACAGGCUGUGAAUGUUGUUAUUAACUUUGAUUUCCCCAAGAUGGCGGAGACCUACCUGCACAGAAUCGGUAGAUCCGGACGUUUCGGACAUUUGGGUAUCGCCAUAAAUCUAAUCACCUACGAGGAUCGUUUCGAUCUUCAUCGUAUUGAGAAGGAGCUGGGUACGGAAAUUAAGCCCAUCCCGAAGGUGAUCGAUCCGGCGCUUUACGUUCCACGACCGGAUGAUCAGAAUAGCACACAGGAAGAGCAAAACGUUAGUAAAUAAGCCGCGGAUGUUAGGGGUUCGAGGAUAGAAGGAAGGAGCAAAUAGAGGGAUUGGGGUUUGUGGGAAUAAUGAAAGGGUGAGCAAUAUAUUGCAAGUUGAAUGAGGGGAAAGGCGAAAGGGGGGAGAGAUUUGUGUACUAAUGGCGCAUCAUUGGGGUGUGGAAAAAAAACACACGAUAUGGAAACGGAGUGCUCUAAACUCUCUUGAGCUUGAAUUUUACUUAUUAAAACAGCAGCGCAACGUCGAUUAAAACACAAGGUUAUAGCAAGAGUUUUGCAAGUGAAGUCGAGCAACGUCACGGACUUGAACAUUCGACACAGACAACGGUAGGAACUUUGAAACUUCAAGAAAUGCGCCGAAAUGUUGUCUGCAUUUCACGAAUGACCUAAUGUUUCUGUUCAAAAUUGCGAGUUAGUCGCGACGGCGGCGUACGUGCAGGUUGUUGUGUAUGCCAGCAUGAUAUGGGAGAAGGAACCAAGCUCUUCUCGUCACCAGUUUGUCCCUAUGCAGACAAGAAAAACCAUACUUGGAAACCAACCUUUAUGUGGUAUAUUUCUGCUCGACUUUUACCAAAAUGUGUUUAGUCAGUUUCACCUAAAACCAAGUGAUUUAUUUUUACAAAUCGACAUUUCCCCUUGAUCAUCAUCAAACAAAAAGAGAGCUUUAUGUACUCCAUAACAUGUAAAAGUUAAUCCGGAAUAAUUACCAGUCCCUCGGUGCAAACCUGCAAAGUCGUCUCCCCUUUUGUAUAUUCCACGAUCAUCAUACAAUAUCAUACUAUCAGUUGAAAAGAAGAAGUGAUGGAGAAAUGGAGAGAGGCAGAGAGAGAGGAAUGGUGGCCACAUUUGAGAGAUGAGUACGACAAAGGAAAUUGAAGAAAUGUUUGGCAGAGCGCAAAAUUUGAAUGAUCGAUUGAACGGAUGAUACUGAAUUAGAAAGUUUAUGAAGGAGGAAACAAGAACAAAGCGGAAAUCAGAUAGAGCUCAAAGAAAUGCGGGCUCAGAGCGGGCUGAGUAGGAAGAGGAUUUCAGCAAACAAACAUACAAUCGGUGAAGAGAAAUCCAGGAGUCAGAAAAUAUUUGUUGAAAUCAGAUUUUUGACGCUUAUGUUUUUAUUGCAAAAGUAAUACAAUUAAUUUUGUUUUUUCCACUACCGCUAUUCCUGCACGGAAAAGUCGGUACACUGAACAUAUUGUGUAUGUGUGUGAGCGUGCGAGUAUGUUUGAGUGUGUAUGAAUGCACGUGUAUGUGGUUUUCAUUCCGGUUCCGGAAGUGCCCACGUGCGCUAGAAAGCAAGCGCGUAAAAGAAGGUAGGAGAAGUGGAGACUUCCGGUUGAAAUGCGUACUACUACGUAGCACGUGCGAAUCAAAAGGGGAUUCCCGCAUCUUCUACCACCCGGGCUUGUGGGUGUUAGUGAGUGUAUGGUGUCGCUGGGGACAGUCGUGUUCCCGUCAGACAAGCGUGCAUGAGAACACGAAUGAAAGCGAACAAAAACAGCAUAGGAAAUCUGCAGAUCCAUGAUUCAAAGUUCUUUUUCUAACUGGAUACUGCUGUAAAAAAUUGACCCUAAUGGAACAUAGCCGAUAAAACAUGCAGGCAGAGCAGAGACAGAAAGAGAGAGAGAGAGCUAGAGAGCAAAACAAAACACGUAGAAAAAAUGGAAUCGUUUACAAACAACUGCUAAACACGAGUGCGCUGGCAAGGGCGUAAUUUAUAUAUGAUGGAAAGGGACACGGAGGAACCCCCCAUAUGAUUGUACAUAUACCUUAGAGACUUAUAUAGCAAUUACAGACAGCGGAAAAGCAAACUGAAGCGAACGUUCUGCGAACCCUUGCUAGAGCGAGCACGAGCAGAGUGCAACAUAGGUAAUCACACAGAUGGGAAACUCACAUACAAUUGAAUACAAACAAUCCAUCAUUGAACUGAU